UUUUGACGAAUACAACCAACCAACGAUUAUCGAAAUCUAUAAAUCGAUUUUGUUUGAAAUUCAAUGGUAGUGAACAAAUGAAAAAAACGACUAUCCCAUAUCUUACCCAAACUUGAACUCAUUGAAAAAAGCCAUUCGAUUAAUUUAGCUUGAACAAUAGACAUAAAACGUAUCAUCAAAAAAAUUUUCGAUGUGAUUUUUCUUUCAUUCAUUUUAUUCUUCUUCCAAAUUCAUCCACGAUUCAACUCAUUCAUAAUAUUAUUGAAGAAUUUCGUCUGUGAAACGAAAAUGAAUCUCAAAAAAUUUUCAUCUUUAAUUUCAUCAUCAACAUUAAAUCAAAAUUUUCUUUUAAUUUUUUUAAUACUUUUAUCAACAUUAUUGCUAAGUCAUUGUCAAUCAAUAAAUGAUGAUGAUGAAAUUCAUAGAAGAAUUCGAAAUGAUAUUGAAUCACCAUCACUUGAAUUCAAUCCUGGAUUACCGAAAAUUGAUCCAAAAGAAUUAUUACAAGUAAAAGUGAUUAAUAAAUCUGUAAAUUAUUAUAAAACACAAUUAUCACGUGUACGUACUAGUCUACAAGAACAAUUAAAAGAAUUUAUAAAUGGAAUAAAAUCAAUUCGUGAUCAAGCACAAUUUGGACCUGAACUUCAAGCAAAAAUGAAUGAAACAUUUUUGAAAUUUAUUGAAGAUCUUGAAAUUUCACCAUAUUGUUUAGCAUCAUUUAAUCAUCUAUUUUUAGAGCUAAAAGAACGACGAUUAUGGCCAUUAAAAUUUAUCGAUUCAAUGGAAUUUUUACCAUCCGGUCUACUGGAAGGUGUAAUGUCAAUGUUCGGUGUAUAUGAAGAAUGUAUUAACAUUGAAUCACCAAUGGUUAAAUGGAAUGAUAUACGUGGCAAAUAUUGUCUAGCUAAAAUUCGUUUACCAUUUUUAAGUCCAUUAUUUCCAACAUUAAAUGAUGAAUUUAGCCAAAAUUAUCAACUAAAAAGCAUUGAUGAUCUUUUCACAUAUAAUGGUCGAAAAUCAUUAUAUGCUCGUAUAAAUCGUGAUUUUGAUUAUUCAAAUAAUAAAUUCAAACUAUUACAAAUGCUCAAUAUGUUUAAUGGUUCUAAUCUACGAAUUGGUUUAUGUUUUCCAUCUACCUGUAGCUCAUUCGAAUUGGAACGUGCCAUAAAUAAAUUUUUACAACCGAUAAACAAUCCAAUACGUAUCGAAAUCGAAGAAGAAUGUUCAUAUAAAAGCCAGGAAAUUGAAUUGAAUAAUCAUCAACGUUUUUCAAUAUUCAUUUUGGUUAGUCUUUGUCUAUUGGUCGGUGCUUGUACUGGAUUUGAAUAUUAUAUUCAUAAUUUUCGUGAUCAAAAUGAAAUUAAAAAAAAUCAAUAUAAUUCAUAUUUGUUAACAUUUUCGGCAUUAUCAAAUACAAGAUAUUUACUUGGAUAUUCGGAUAUGGCUUCUGAGGAUGAUGAAAAACGUUUAUGUUCAAUCGAUACAAUUACAUUGUUUUUUGUUAUAAUGGAAUUCAUUGGCCGUUCAUAUGUAUUACCAAUAUUUUAUGGAUUAAUCAAUAUUAAACGUGCAUUGAACGGUUUGACUGAUCAAUAUUUUACAGCUAAAAAAUUUUUCUUUAUUCGUGGUAGUUCAUUUGCUGUCAGUACAUAUGUGUUGGCAAGUGCAAUCAUAUUGGCAUUCAAUAUCUGUGGACAAAAAUCACAAAUCAAACCAUCGUUUAUAAAUUAUGUAAAAUUUGUAUUAAAUCGAUAUCUAAGCAUAAUUCGUAAAUUAAUUGGACCAAUAUUGUUAAUAUAUUUAAUGCCAUUGUUGGGUGAUGGACCAAUUUGGCAUUAUUUUACACCACUUUAUGUUGAACCAUGUCAAAAUAAUCUAUGGAAAACAUUAUUAUUGAUUAAUAAUUAUGAAUCUUCAUUUGAAAAAGUGUGUCUAAGUCCAAGCAUUAUAUUCAGCGCAAUUUUCUAUAUGAGCCUUACAGCUCCAUUCAUAUUAUAUACAUUAAAUCAUAAAUAUUUUGGCUACAUCGUUUUCAUUACGUUAAUCAUCCUGGGAACAAUAAUUAGUAUAUUACCGAAAAUUGUUUACAAUUUACCCGUUACACCAUAUGAAAUAUCAACAAUUACUUCAGUGAGUGAAGCAAAAUUAUCAUUCAUCCAUUACUAUGCGGCAACAGAUCAAUUGAUUGUUGUAUUUGUUAUUGGUUUGUUUAUUGGCUAUCUAAUUCGUUGUAAACCAAAAAUUGAUCUGGGAAAACGAGCAGCCAAUAUUGCCUUAUGGAUUGGCAUGUUAGCAUUGCCCGUAAUUUCUUCACAAUGGAAUGAUUCAUUUAAACCGUUAAAAGGAAAUUUUUCACAAUUUAGUUUUAUCUCAUGGUUUUUGUUGAGUAAAAUUAUGUGGUGUUUUGGAUUCGGUUGGAUCAUUUAUUCCUGUAGUACCGGAAGAGCAAAGGCAUUCAAUCAAGCAAUAACAAUAUCAUUGAUACGACCAAUUGGAAAAUUAGCAUUUGGUGCCUAUCUAAAUCAUAUAACAAUAUUAAGUUUUAGACAACUGACUAAAAAACAAACAUCACCAUUGACUAAUGUUGAAAUCUUGACGAAUGAUAUAUCCGAUAUUGUCAUUGCAUUUACCGUUGCCUAUAUAUUUUAUAUAUUAAUUGAACGUCCAUUUUAUUAUUGGAUUAAAAUCAUAAUCAACAUUGAAAAAGAUUUAGAUGUUAAUAAUGAACAACAAACAGCUGUUAAACGAUUUUCAAUGACUGAUCUCGAAAAUGGUAAACUACAUGGUGAUCAUGGUGAAUUCGAUCUUAAACCAUUAAAUGAUCGUAAUUAUUCAAGUCGAUUAUAAUCAAUUAAUGUAUCAUUAUUGUAGCCAAUAACAACAAUAUACAAGUCAACAAAGAAAUCAAGAAUGGAAACCAAUCUUUUUGCAAAAUUAUAAUUUAAUUUCUAUUCAACAAAAAAAAGCUACACGAUAA